UCGGCCAUGUUUUUUCUUCAUAACAUUGGUCGUGUGGCAAACGUCAACGUUUAGUUUAUUGUACACUUUUUACCAAAAUAAUUUUGUAGCAGUGAAAAAUAAAGAGUUUUGUGUAUUAUUGUAAGCCAAAAUGAACCGCACCGAAGGGUUGGUGCAACGAAAACACGUUGUUAAAGAAAAUAAUGCCGACGGAAGCAGGGAGAACCAUGAUGUGGACGAUAAGAAGAACGAUAAAAGUUAUGAUGACGGCGAUUCAAAGGAAACUCGAUUAACACUCAUGGAAGAAGUAUUACUGUUAGGACUAAAGGACAAAGAAGGCUACACAUCAUUCUGGAAUGAUUGUAUAUCUAGCGGUCUCAGAGGCUGUAUCUUGAUAGAGUUAGGCUUAAGAGGACGUGUUGAAUUGGAGAGAGCUGGUAUGAGAAGGAAAGGAUUAUUAUCUAGGAAGGUUAUUGUGAAAUCAGACACUCCAACUGGUGAUGUGCUAUUAGAUGAAGCUUUGAAACACAUGAAGGAUACUGAUCCACCAGAGACUGUACAAAGUUGGAUAGAAUAUCUCAGUGGUGAAACAUGGAAUCCUAUGAAAUUGAAGUAUCAAUUGAAGAAUGUACGUGAGAGGCUCGCUAAAAAUUUAGUUGAAAAAGGAGUACUUACAACUGAAAAACAAAAUUUUCUACUGUUUGAUAUGACAACCCAUCCACUUACUGAUAACGUUGUGAAGUGUCGUUUAGUGCAAAAGGUGCAGGAAGCAGCGCUGCGUCGUUCGAUCGUGGAUGUGGCGCACGCAGACAAGCGCUCGCUAGCACUUCUAAUGCUAGCGCAUUCGGCUGACGUGCUCGAAAACGCAUUUGCACCCCUCUCGGAUGAAGACUACGAGCUAGCCACACGCCGCGUGCGCGCGCUUCUCGACCUGGACUUCGAGGCCGAGGCGAUGCGCCCCGACGCCUGCGAGAUCAUGUGGGCCGUGUUCGCGGCCUUCACCAAAUAGCACCGUGCCAUUUAAGCCACUGGCGACCUUGGAAAUAAUUUGUGAAAAUAGAGGACAUCAUUCGCGACUCAUAAAAUUUUGGUAAACUUUUGAGCUACUAAGUUUUGCCCGCGACUGUGCCCGUGUGACCUGUCCAUGUUUCGCGAUCAUUUACAACCUAUAGCAAUCGGGGAUAGUGUAACUAUUUAGCAGUGAUUUUUCUUUUGAUCGUUAGUUCCAGAGAUCACCCCCUACAUACAAACUAAUAUAAAUACCCCUGUAUAGUAUUAGUGUAAAUUUAGCUCCAUGUUCGAUUAUCGACAGAUGCAAUUUAAAAGUUUAUAAUUUCUAAAUUGUCUCUGGUCUAGUGUAGUAAGAGACUUCAGCUGUGGCCAUCCUACCGACAAAAGAUGCCAAGCGAUUUAACGUUCCGGUGCCUGCAGGUAGGUUGUUGUGGCCUCUUCUCAGACCUGGGCGCGUUUUGAACCCUCGUAGCUUUAGUUUUAAGUUUACGUAAUUAAUUAUCACCAUUACAUCAUUAUUUUGCAAAUCCAACAAGUUACUAUCAAAAAGUGUACAAUGUUAUCUAUUUUGAAUAAAUGACUUGACUUUGGUAUAGAAUUUGAUAGGGUUUAUAUAACUGUCCAUAACCUUUCCAAUUAAGCACGCUUCAAUCUUAGCAUCUUACCACCAGGAGAUCGCGACUAUCGCAAAUCGAAAUUGAAUUAAAAAAACAACGAUACAACGACAAAUGUAGUGACGAUACUGAAAGCGCUAGUGCGUACAUUGUUGGCGCUUG